AUGACAGAUACAAGCCCGUCGUUGGAACCCCCUCUGAAUGCUGACAAACCCCAUACAUAUGCAGAAUCCCUCAGAAAUUCAAUGCCAGAUCAACAACAAUUACCAAUUAUAGAGUCGCAGAUCCACCUAAAUCUUGUCCCGCCAUUGAACUUCUCGUUAGUUGAAGACGGCAUUUAUCGAUCUGGGUUCCCCAUGGAAAUCAACUACCCUUUCCUCCAACAACUCAAUCUCAAAACAAUUAUAUAUCUCGGCGAUUUGGGCCACGAAACACUAUCACCGUCAUCAUCCACCAUCAAAAAGAAGAAGAAGAAGAAAAAGGAUAAGGAUGGCUCAACGGAAAUAUUCAACCAAUAUGUCAACUGGAUCAACAAUCAGAAUGAAAUCACAUUUCACAAUCUCCUAAUUGAAUCCUCACAAGAACCAUUCAACAAAUCACAAGAAAAUGAACAGAGUUUGGCCAGUUUAACAACUGCAUUGCAUUUGAUCUUGGAUAAAUCAAAUUACCCCAUCUUGGUUCAUUCGAAUAAAGGUAAGCAUCGAACGGGGCUAUUUAUAGGAUUGAUGAGAAAAUUACUUCAAGGAUGGUGUCUUUCUGGUAUAUUUGAAGAAUAUGAAAAAUUCGCCAUGGGGAAAUUUGAAUAUGAUUUGGAAUUGAUUGAGAUUUGGCAACCGGAAUUGUUUAUUGAUGAUGAAAAGAAACCAAACUUUAUACGAUUGUAA